AUCACAUCAAAGUAUGAUCUCAAGAAUUGUAUAAAUACGAUGAUUGUUUAGAAGUGAUUAUCAUUCGAUCGCUUGCUCUAUUCAAGCAAUUAAUACAAAUCAAAAUGAAAUUAUUUUUUAUUGGAUUUGCCAUUUUGGCAACCGUUUGCGCAGAAUACUCCAAUGAGUAUCAAAUUCCUCAAGAUGGUAGUUUGGCUGUAGGCGGUGAAAUUGCUUUCCAGGCUCCUUCAAAUGAGUACUUGGCACCAAUUGCUCCUUUAGCUCCUGUACCUGAGAUAGCUUCUGGUGUUCUUGCUGAUGAUGGAUAUCGUUACAAGACUGUGCGAAGACUGCGUCAUCGUCGCCGUCGUGAUGUCAGCGAGCUCACCCAAUACCUGCCCCCUACCCAAGAAAUCGUAUACGAGGCCCCAUCUAACGAAUACUUGGCACCAAUUGCUCCAGUUUCUUCCGGAGUGCUUGCUGAUGAUGGCUACCGUUACAAAACUGUCCGCAAAUUGCGUCACCGUCGUCGUCGUGAUGUCAGCGAGCUCACUCAAUACUUGCCCCCUACUCAAGAAAUUUCAUAUGAAGCCCCAUCUAACGAAUACUUGGCACCAAUUGCUCCAGUAGCCUCAGGAGUUCUUGCUGAUGAUGGAUACCGUUACAAGACCGUUCGCAAGUUGCGUCACCGCCGCCGUCGUGAUGUCAGCGAGCUCACCCAAUACUUGCCCCCUACUCAAGAAAUCUCAUAUGAAGCCCCAUCAAACGAAUACUUGGCACCAAUUGCCCCAGUUUCUUCCGGAGUUCUUGCUGAUGAUGGAUACCGUUACAAGACUGUCCGCAAGUUGCGUCAUCGUCGCCGUCGUGAUGUUAGCGAGCUCACCCAGUACCUGCCCCCUACUCAAGAAAUCGCAUACGAGGCCCCAUCUAACGAAUACUUGGCACCAAUUGCUCCAGUAGCCUCAGGAGUUCUGGCUGAUGAUGGAUACCGUUACAAGGCAGUUCGUCGCUUACGUCUCCGUCAUCGUCGUGAUGUCAGUGAAUUACCUUCAGCUCAAUACCUUCCUCCAGUUGAGCAAGUAAAUAUUCCUCAAACACCAGUUGUUUCAGUAGCCCCAGUUGCUGAUAUUCCAAUUGUGAGCAACGAAUAUUUGGCUCCAGUUGAACAAAAUGAAAAUAUUUUAGCUAAUGAUGGAUACCGUUAUAAGACUGUUAAGCGCUUUAAGAUUCGUCGUCAUUAGAGCAAU